AGGGAGAGCUGCUGCAGGCUCCGCGGCGGCGGCGGCGGCGGCGGCGGCGGCGGCGGCGGCAACGGAGGCUGCGGGGGCGGCGGCGCGAGCGGCCGGGCUUGGGGGGGGAGCCGAGCCCGGCCCGAGCCCAAGCAGCUAGAGUGCGGGGUGCUUAGGCCCCUCACGCUUGGAUUCCACUGACUCCGGGCCGCCUGACCUCCGCACGGGUAUAUGGGAUGGAAGCGGGACCCUCGGGAGCAGCUGCGGGCACCUACCUGCCCCCCCUGCAGCAGGUGUUCCAGGCACCUCGCCGGCCUGGCAUUGGCACUGUGGGGAAACCAAUCAAGCUCCUGGCCAAUUACUUUGAGGUGGACAUCCCUAAGAUUGACGUCUACCACUACGAGGUGGAUAUCAAGCCAGAUAAGUGUCCUCGCAGAGUCAAUCGGGAAGUGGUGGAAUACAUGGUCCAACAUUUCAAGCCUCAGAUCUUUGGUGACCGCAAGCCCGUGUAUGAUGGAAAGAAGAACAUUUACACUGUUACUGCACUGCCCAUUGGAAAUGAACGGGUUGACUUUGAGGUGACUAUCCCCGGGGAAGGGAAGGAUCGAAUCUUCAAGGUGUCCAUCAAGUGGCUAGCCAUUGUGAGUUGGCGAAUGCUGCAUGAGGCCCUAGUCAGUGGCCAGAUCCCUGUUCCCCUGGAGUCUGUGCAAGCCCUGGAUGUGGCCAUGAGGCACCUGGCAUCCAUGAGGUACACCCCUGUGGGCCGCUCCUUCUUCUCACCGCCUGAGGGCUACUACCACCCGCUGGGGGGUGGGCGCGAGGUCUGGUUCGGCUUUCACCAGUCUGUGCGCCCUGCCAUGUGGAAGAUGAUGCUCAACAUUGAUGUCUCAGCCACUGCCUUCUAUAAGGCACAGCCAGUGAUCGAGUUCAUGUGUGAGGUGCUGGACAUCAGGAACAUAGACGAGCAGCCCAAGCCCCUCACAGACUCUCAGCGUGUGCGAUUCACCAAGGAGAUCAAGGGUCUGAAGGUGGAAGUGACCCACUGUGGGCAGAUGAAGAGGAAAUACCGAGUGUGUAAUGUUACCCGCCGCCCUGCUAGUCAUCAAACGUUUCCCUUGCAGCUGGAGAGUGGACAGACUGUGGAGUGCACAGUGGCACAGUAUUUCAAGCAGAAAUAUAACCUUCAGCUCAAGUAUCCCCACCUGCCCUGCCUGCAAGUUGGCCAAGAACAAAAGCAUACCUACCUACCCCUAGAGGUCUGUAACAUUGUGGCUGGGCAGCGCUGCAUUAAGAAGCUGACAGAUAACCAGACAUCGACCAUGAUAAAGGCUACGGCUAGGUCGGCCCCAGACAGACAAGAGGAAAUCAGCCGCCUGAUGAAGAACGCCAGCUACAACCUGGAUCCCUACAUCCAGGAGUUUGGGAUCAAAGUGAAAGAUGACAUGACGGAGGUGACAGGGCGAGUGCUGCCGGCGCCCAUCUUGCAGUACGGCGGCCGGAACCGGGCCAUUGCUACACCCAAUCAGGGAGUCUGGGACAUGCGGGGGAAACAGUUCUACAAUGGGAUUGAGAUCAAAGUCUGGGCCAUCGCCUGCUUCGCACCCCAAAAGCAGUGUCGAGAAGAGGUGCUCAAGAACUUCACGGACCAGCUUCGGAAGAUUUCCAAGGAUGCAGGCAUGCCUAUCCAGGGCCAGCCUUGCUUCUGCAAAUACGCACAAGGAGCAGAUAGCGUGGAGCCCAUGUUCCGGCAUCUCAAGAAUACCUACUCAGGGUUGCAGCUCAUUAUCGUCAUCCUUCCAGGGAAGACACCAGUGUAUGCUGAGGUGAAACGUGUUGGAGAUACGCUCUUGGGAAUGGCUACGCAGUGUGUACAAGUGAAGAAUGUGGUCAAGACCUCACCUCAGACUCUGUCCAAUCUCUGCCUCAAGAUCAAUGUCAAACUUGGUGGCAUUAACAACAUCCUAGUCCCACACCAGCGCUCUGCCGUCUUUCAACAGCCGGUGAUAUUCCUGGGAGCAGAUGUUACACACCCGCCAGCAGGAGAUGGGAAAAAACCUUCUAUCACAGCAGUGGUAGGCAGUAUGGAUGCUCACCCCAGCCGUUACUGUGCUACCGUGCGGGUUCAGCGACCACGGCAGGAGAUCAUUGAGGACUUAUCCUACAUGGUUCGUGAGUUGCUAAUCCAGUUCUACAAGUCCACUCGCUUCAAGCCUACCCGCAUCAUCUUCUACCGAGAUGGGGUUCCUGAAGGCCAGCUUCCCCAGAUUCUCCACUAUGAGCUGUUGGCCAUUCGUGACGCCUGCAUCAAACUGGAGAAGGACUACCAGCCUGGGAUCACGUAUAUUGUAGUGCAGAAACGCCACCAUACCCGUCUUUUUUGUGCUGACAAGAAUGAGCGUAUUGGGAAGAGUGGUAACAUCCCCGCUGGGACCACUGUGGACACCAACAUCACCCAUCCUUUUGAGUUUGACUUCUAUCUCUGCAGCCAUGCAGGCAUCCAGGGCACCAGCCGACCAUCCCAUUACUAUGUUCUUUGGGAUGACAACCGUUUCACAGCGGAUGAGCUCCAAAUCUUGACAUACCAGUUGUGCCACACUUAUGUACGAUGCACACGCUCCGUUUCUAUCCCAGCACCUGCCUACUAUGCCCGUCUGGUGGCUUUCCGGGCACGCUACCACCUGGUGGACAAGGAGCAUGACAGUGGAGAGGGGAGCCACAUAUCGGGGCAGAGCAAUGGGCGGGACCCCCAGGCCCUGGCCAAAGCCGUGCAGGUUCAUCAGGAUACUCUGCGCACCAUGUACUUCGCUUGAAGGCAGAACGCUGUUACCUCACUGGAUAGAAGAAAGCUUUUCAAGCCCCAAGAGCUGUGCCGCCCAAAUCCAGAGAAAGCAGGGAGGAGGAAGGAGGUGGGGUUAAGGGGAGUGCAGAAGGCCUUGUUUCCUUCUGAGAGGGGUCUAAAGGAUGGGGAACAGGGCCUGUAAGCCAGACCACCAGCCAGAAAUCUCUGUUAUCCACCUCAUGCCCCAUGUCCCUCACCCCAUCUUGUCACAUCUGGCCUUGACCCCACUGGACCAAGAGGGGCAGCACUGGUGCCCACCACACACACAGGUGUCUCAUGUGACUCACAGUGCUAAAGACUCAUGCCUGCCUGACAGCUUGGACAGCUUGGUAAGGUUGACUCUGCAGCCCUGUGGACAAAAGCUGGUAGGUUUGAGUUUGAGACUUUAGAUGGGAACGUGAGGGAUCUGACGCAGUGGAUGGGAGGAGGGAAGGAUUUUUUUUAGGAGCCUUAAAAGGUCUAGAUUUGUUUUAGAAGAAAAACGAAACCGGACCCAGAUCAAUAUUUUAGGAUAAUAGAUGUUUUAAUGGGUUGAGAAUCCAGUUUAUAGGAAGAUUUUUAAAGAUAAUGGUUUGGGUUGCUCCUCCCCCAGCUGCCACAUCCCCAGCCUUUAAUUCCUUCUCUACCUUUUCUAUCCUUCCUUACACCUCCUCCCUGACAGACAUCCAGCCCCUAGUAAGACUUAAGGCACUAUGGCACUUAGCUCUGAAGUGACACGACCCUGUCUUCCUUCCGCCUGCUGGUGGGCAAUCAGUGCCUUCCCUGUAAUGGUAAUGCUGCAGAACUGCGACCUUUUGUACCUUUCUUUUGUGGGGAGCGGGUGGGGGGGCUGGGAGAGGAGGUAGAUAGGGAAUAAAUACCCCUAACGGAGUAGGCCUCCAGCCAGAGUGCCAGUUAUUUUACAUUCGAAGGAUUUGAUUUUCACAUUCAUCGAGUUUUAAGAAGAUCACAACCUCAAGAUGGGUAAAAUCUGUUGACAUUUGCACUUUCAGACAUGUCCCGUCUCAGAGCUGCUGAGAUGACUGGCCACCGGCCUUUCCAUGUCCUUCCUUCUCCUCCGCCUCCCCAGUUCUGGAGUUCCUUUCCUAGCUUUUCUCACUCUUAUCUUUCCCCUGAUGGUCAAGUCUCUUAUGUUUCCAUUUCUUAACUGGGAUAUCUUUUAACAAAACUCCUUAAGUCUAAAAGAAAAAGAGCAAAAGCUAAAUGUUAUUUUUAUACAAUAGCUUGAGUCUAUUGCCAAAAUCUGGAAAUCCCUCCUCUAUGAGUUUACAACUGAGAAACAUUGAGCCAUCAGAAGGAAUUAUGUACUUGACUUGUUCUCUGGCCUGGAUAAGCAGAGGGUGUUUAUCUCCUCCAGGUGGGGCUCAGUCUCCAUCCUUCUUCUGUGCAGAUUAUACCUUUUUCUUGCUACGGAUUCCCUCCUCUGCACUGCCCUGCACUCUUUUGUACAAGUGCAUCUUCCCUUCCUCUGGAUUGUCCUGACACUUUGGCUCACCCCAAAUUUUAGCAUGUCCUGUGGACAGGCUGAGGGAUUUUGCUGCUCCCUACUGCUUCUGUUUACACAAAUGAAUUUUUCAUGGUUUCCCACUAGGGCAUGUGAGUGGGUGGCAUGGGCUUUUUUUUUUUUAAAUUGGUUUCCCUAGAUAGCAAUGGGGCGUGGCUGUCUUGUGAAACUGGAAAAGUAGGGGGCUCAAGUGUGGUGCCUGCUGGCCUUGAGGCAAGGCCCCCUCUUUCCUUAACUGUUUAUUUUUACCUACCCCAGUGCUUGGGAUAAAAAGUUGUAACUUCACAGUAGAAAUUCCUUUUUUUGAGGAGCCUGGGCUUUGAUUUACCUCAAUCUGGUGAUGAAGCCAUGACACUUUAGACCCAGAUGAGGCGUGGAGGCCAGCUGGAGGAAGACUCAUUUGAAUCUUGGCCUGUGCAGUUCAGUCUACCAUUUCCCCUCUUCAGCAACAUUUGUACAGACCCAGAUUUGCUAUGCAAAACAGUCUAUCCCAGGUUUCUGUUCUGGUUAGCUACUUUGUUCAGAGACUUCACAAUACGUAGCACAAACAUUGGUCAUGGAGAUGGCAUCAGGACUGUUUAGUAACUAACUACUCCUUCUUUCCUGCUGGCUACAGCAUAGGGUGCCCCAUGGGCAGAGCCCAGCUGAAGAACAGAAUGGAAGGUUCAGGGAGGAGGCGACUCACUGGAGAGCCUACAUUUCUUACACAAGUGCCUAAAGAGAGUGAUGCCAACACUCCAUCUACCCUGUCCAUCGCCUUCAUAUGUCUACUGCAUGUUCAGUCACACUGUAGGGAGGGGAGCUUUCUUGGGACAAUGAGCUCUGUAUGUUCUUUUGGGGUGCAUUUUGGGGCUGGGAUCAGGGCACUAUUCCUGGAGGGUUCAGUCAUUCACCAGCAUUUGCAAAUGUCCAUAGGGAGCUGGUGGUAGCCACUUCCUCUCAGCAACAUGUUUGUGUUCUUUCCUUUUUUUCUCUUUGCCUCACUCUCUUCAUUUGGGUUUUGAGCUGGAACUUGAAACGCAUUUUUAAGCCCUUUGGCAUUGCACACUUGCCAUUCAAGAAAUAAAGGAAGAGAAGCAGCUUGGGCAAGGAAAUGACUGCUCUGAUACUUUUAAUCUUUGAGACUUGAAAAAUAUUCUUGAGUUUGAGGAUUAUUCUUGUUUGAAAGUGUUGUGUACAGAUUAAGAAGUGGUAUGGGCAAAAGUUUUGGUUUUCUUGGGUUUGGUUUAAAUGGUGUCUCUUAUUUAACUAUGAAGAAGUUCUGGAGGGACCCAAGCCUGAUCUUCCUAGACAAUUUUCUUGCUCCCUUGAUUCCACUUUUUUUGCCUGCCUUUUUCUUUUCUCUCUUUUCCUGGCUUUCUUUGUCACUUUUAAAUUUACUCAGCUUGCUUGCUGGCCUGCAAGCCUAUCUGUCUGCCUAUGUGAUGAUGAAUUCUCUGCAUGGCUACAAUGAUCCCACUGUUAGCUUGUUAGCUGGUAAGGUUAGGCUCACCUCCUUGGCUGCCUAGAAUAGGUUCUUCAAGAAUCUAUUCUCCAAGCCUAGUGAUAACUUCUUUGGCCUGCCCUCAAGGUAAUGUACCUAGCUGACAAGGUAUCAGAAGGGUUUCUGGCAGUUUCCACACCUGUCCUUUCCUUCACAUUGGGUUCUCGUUGCUUUUUCUAGAUCUGGUUCUAGUUGUCAAUGGGGCCUGCCUUUUAUGAGGGUGUCAAAAUUAAUGGUUAUCCAGGGUUAGAGGGCUAGGGAAUGGGAGAAUAAGACAGUGGUGGGAAGAAUUUGGAUGAAAGAUGAAAAAAGGGAACACUGCUUAUUGAUCAUAUCUCAAGUCCAGCCUGCGUCAUUGGAGAUGAGGUGCACACUGCUGGCCUCUGGGGCUGGAUAACUUGGGCUCUUGCUGGGAACUUAGGCUUAGAAAAAUGGUGCAAAAGAAGGCAUCUCAAAAUAUGAGACCUCCCCAAAAGUUCCUGAUUCCCACCUAUUAGAUAGAUCCCCUGUGGUCUGCUCUUGGCCAAACAACAAUGUUCUUAGUUUUCUUUUUGUACAAAAUUCCAUAAAUGAGGCUAGCACUCAAGAUUGGCAGCCAAGGAGACACAUUAACUUCUUAGCUGGCCCGUGGGCUAUUACUAAGUCUAAGACAGUGUUUAAGAUGUGUCAUCAUGUGUCACAAACAAGGAUGGGAGCUUCUUCCUCUUCAGGGUGGAUAGUCAUUUCAAACUAGCCAAAAUCUAGUUGUGGAAAGUAUGUUGGGAAGCUCUUGUUAUUUAUAUGUACAGCACCUAGGUCAGCCCAGGAUAGUGACUGGGAUGUCUUCCUUAUAGUCUGAUCAUGGCAGGGAUAUGCAGGCACUCUUCCUAUUGUUCUUCUAAGCAGACUGGGGUAAAGGGAUUCUCUGGUUUUUCUCUUGCCUCCAUUUACUAGGUCUUGCCUUCUCCCUGGGCAGGGAGAGAGGCCAGGUUGGUGCUCUCCUUUUAUUCAGUUCUUACGGAUUUAAGACUCUGGCUACUGUUUUGGAGCCAAGAAUGUGAGGGAGGGAAUAGGCUCAAAACAAAAUAAAACCAGAAUAAUGUAGGGAACACAGAUUUUUCUUCUUUAAAAAAGAAAAGAGGAAACCCUCCAAGAAUUGUGCAACUAAAGACAAUGUGUCAAAUGCACUAAGUCCCCUGGUGUAGUAGCAAUAAGGAAAAUGAAAUGACAUUCCUGUGCACACAGUCCAACCUGAUUUGUGUGUGAUGUUGCACUUAGCAGCCAUUUGGUGGGCAUGUGUAACUACUCUGGGUUUCACUUUAGUUUCUGAACUUUUUUAAUCCCUCCAGCAUGGAUGGGGACAUGUCCCUGGAGUCCCACAGCUGUACACUUGUUUGCAUUUGUUUCCCUUUGAGACUUGUGUUUGUGUCCUGCUUUGAGCUGUACCUUGUCCGGUCUAUUGUAAAAUUAUUCCAGCAAAAGUAAUGUACAGUUCCUUCUGAAGCAAGCAUCAGCAGCAGCACAAUUCUGUGUUUUAUAAAGACAACAGUGGCUUCUAUUUCUAAA